GAGAACCCUUGGGAGUCAACACGUUACAUUGCGGGCAGUGACAGUGUUGAUGUCAGUGAAUUUAAAGACAUUCAUUUCUAUUAUCCACACCAUGUCAGUCGGGAAAGGACAGAAAUGACGUUCAUUCGUGCACUACAACAACCAACAUCGCCCCUAAUGAAUGCGAGGCACUGUAAACACAACUCCAGGAACAUGAAAAGAUCGGGUGACAGUGAGGGGGAGAAGAGAAGAAAGAGGCGUAAGCUACUUCAGGAUUUGGGAGACCAGAAGAUCCCCUUUCUGGGACCUUCAGAUCGAGGCUUUCAGCAGCUGUGGGAUUCCAGUUACUGUGGGUUGGUGUUAAGGAAAUCCUGUUCACUGCCUGCUGAGCUGCAUGGUCRGGUUCAAGCAGCCCUGCUCACCCUCAGAAGGAAAGGCUCCCUCCUUAAGGAUCUGGUUCGUGUUCGUGAUCGAGAUGUGUUCACUGCCGUGUCGCGAGCRCUGGUGGGUGAGCCGGGCCACACCUACCGCUACCUGGACACACGGCUCUUUGCUAUUCCCUGGCACCUUGAGGACACGCAGGUCAAGGGACAAAACUGUUGUGAUCCGGACAUGAGAGCUGCCUGCAAGGCACUAUGGGAGCUCAACAACUUCUUCUGCUCUGAUGUGUCUCAGCUGAAAGAAGGAGACAGGCUAACACAAUGUGURAAGGCCGAAGCAGAAGUUAAACUAGGCGGGGAGGGGGACACGGAGUCRAAACACAGUGAAGACUCUAAAAAUAGUGAAGGAGGGGACUCAGAGUCUAAGCAAAGUGAGGAGGGAGACACAGAGUCCAAGCACAGCGAGGAGUGGGACAUUGAGUCGAAGCAUAGCGAAGAAGGCUGCUCUGGGUCAAAGCUGGAAGGGGAGUGGGAAACCGAGUUCAWACUUGGCAGUGAAGAGGGUGAGUCCUCCCAAGUUUCACAAAGUGAAACCUGCGUUGCAGCAACUUCAGAACACAGCGAAGGAAAAUGCCCCAGCUGGACAACUAAGGCCACCAGUGGGACAAAGAAAGACCCUGUGGGACUAGAGGCACACGAGAAGCCUGUUACCCAACUAAAGCACAGCCUGUCCGAUUACCACAUUCAGGACAAAGAGGAACGUGAGAGUGGACAAGGUUGUUCUAAGCCCAGUCCUCCACAAAUUUGCACUGGCCCAGUUAGAUUCAAUGUCACCUUACUCAAUUACAUGGACCCAGCACAAAUGAGCCAGCUCAAAGAGGAGCCAUACUAUGGCAUGGGGAAAAUGGCAGUAGGGUGGCACCAUGAUGAAAACCUGAUCACACAUUCACCAGUGGCUGUUUACAACUUUWGUUGCCAAGAUGACAAAGGUGAGAGCAGCGAAGGCAGCAACGGCGAGAAGGCACACUGGAGGAUCGGGCUGAAGGUGGCCUGGGACAUUCACACUCCUGGCUUGAUGCUACCGCUGGAGUCUGGAGACUGCUAUUACAUGAGAGAUGAUCUGAACAGCACACAUCAGCACUGUGUCCUUGCUGGAGAAAUGGCACGUUUCAGCUCCACACACAGAGUGGCCGAGUGUUCUAGGGGGACCCUGACCUACAUCCAGUCACGGUGCCAAGAGGCCCUGUCCAACCUGCACACUGACCCCAAGACGGGCUCCCACAGCCUGCUGACCCUGCAGCCGACAACACUACAGCACUGCGAAGAGAUUCACAACGAGGUGGAAUUUGAAUGGCUGCGUCAGUAUUGGUUUCAGGGCCAGCGCUACACCCGCUUUUGCAGCUGGUGGACCAGACCGAUGGAGCAACUGGAGAAGGACUGGAAGCUCCUGGAGACUAUGACUAUGCUCUUUCUGGCUACGGUGGAGGAGGAGGGCCAAGCCGAAGAGGGAAGGAGGGAGAUGGCAGAAACCCUGUUGACAGCCUUGACAGACAGACACCAGCAGAGACAAACAUGGAGGGACAGGUGCCACUCGAAUCUGGCCCAGACGUUAUCCCCCGAGGAGGCCCCAGUGGAUCGACCCUUCUGGGGUGUGGAUGACCCCGGCAUGCCUCUGCCCUUUGAUCUGGCCGACAUCAUCAACAGAGUGGAGUCACUGCUGUGGAGGAUGUGAAGGAGAGCUUGAUGAUUUGAGGAGAGAAAACACGAGGAAAACCCRCCGGCUUUUCUGAAAGGUUGACUCGUCAGCUGAGAGGACAGAUCAUUGACGAUAAGUGUGAUCCCACCAAGAUUAAAAAUAUAUAUUAUUUUUAAAUUGGGACAUCUACAUCCUUCUCCUACGUCACCCUCUUCCACUAGCGGACCCCGGCAUUUCUGUCGCCCUCCCACUCCCCGACUUGGAUUUGGCUGGAAGGAAACCAGGCCACAGUAGAUUCAGCAUAGAGCUUCAGUAACUCACUAACAAUGCAAAAGCUUAGCAUCGAGCUACUAGUGUUUCAACAACCUAAUGAAUCGUAAGUGGAACCUGCAUUUCAGUGUUAGCAUUCAUCGUGUAACUAUUUAUUAUUUCUGUGUACUCUGUUGCUUAAUCUCAUGUAACCCAGACAUGCUUUUUUUAUCAAUGCAUUGACUCCUUCUCAGUAGUUACAGUACAGUACAUACAUAUAUGCUUUCAGCUUGUCACAGUGUUAUAAUACAGUAUAGAAUGGUAAGAAAAGUCACUUUGCUCACUUGUGAAUAGUGUAACCUCUUUCCUAGUGUUUGGAAUUGGAAUGAGCCUGAAGAGACCAAAGAAAGACAAUGUUAAGAAAGUUCUGAAUGUCACCCAGUGGAAAACAUGAAGAACGUGCCGUGUUUGUGUUGCAGUGGUGUGCUUGUGCCAUUUUUGCCAUGAGAAUGCGUGUUUGUGUGCAUAUAUUUAGCCUUGGGAAUUUACAAGUGAUCAGUCGUUGGCUUAUGUCUGUGUGUGUGUGUUUAUGUGUGUUUUUUUGGUGCACGUUGGCUUGUGUUUUUUUAUUUUUUAUUUUUUUGUCUCACUCUCCCACAUGCCUACAUGAAGAUAUGUAUGAAUGCGAUAGUGUGUAUGUGUGUGCCUGUAAGGAAGCCUGCAAGUUGUUUGUUCUUGAAGAAGUGCAUAUGGAGAAACAGAGUCUUACAG